UGACAAAACAUCAAAGAUAUUUUGCACCUUAUAUUGUCUUUCGAUAAAAAAUUCUCAUUAUUAGGUUCAUUUCCACCACAACCUUUUGCCACCUAAGUCCAUGAUACUUUUUCUUGGUCUUAUUGUACCUUAAUUGCAACACCCUCUUGUCUGCUUACUUGUUAUUCCUUAGUUCACUUGUUUCUUCUAGAUUUUCUUUUUAUAAUUGUGGUGUUCCAUACAGCUUUCAAGCAUUUUUCACUUGUUUCUUUUAAGAUAAUUUUUAAUAAGUGUGGUGUCUAGAUUGGUUUUUACUUAUUUCUUCUAGACUCAUUUAAUAAUAACCUUGGCAUUUGAUGCAACUUUCAUGGACCUUUCACUUGCUUUUUAAAGAUAUUUUUUGGAUGAUUGUGGUGUCAGAAUCAAUUUUCACUUAUUUUUUAAGAUUUUUUUUGAUAACUAUGGUGGCCGGUUAGCUUUCAUACAUCUCGGGUAUAUUCACGGGAUGUCUAUUAAUGUUUCAUAAAGAUUUUUAGUAUUCUCCGACUAGUGGAAUAUGCCCAAGAAAUUCUUGUUUUGUCAAAAAGGUUCAAGAUUUUGAGACCAUUAUUAAUGAUGUUAUAGUUAUCUGGGGAGUAUACUUGGUUUCAUUGGACAAGGCUGUCUGGAAGUUAGUUUAAAGACAAGAAAAAGGCUUUGUUUUUGAAGUGUAUAGAGAAUGGAACUGAAAUUGGUUGGUUCCAAGUCACUGUUCUUGUCUAAUUUAGAGGUGAUGAAAUCUAGCUCAUUUCUUGACACUAAGCUAAGGAUUGGUCUCAGUGGGACUCACAAGUUAUGUUCUUGCAGAGGUCUUGUACUUAAGGUUUCUCGUUCAAGUGCUUCUUACGACGCCGCAAGCUCAGUUAGCACAGAGAAUUUUAUACUCGACGAUUUUUCUUGUCAGAUAAAUGGUAAAAGUUGUUCGGGACUGUAUCUUAGAGACGUAAGAAUUCUUGAUGCCUCUGAUGAUGAAUAUGGAGGAAUACUCAUUAAUCCACAAACACUACCAUCCAAUCCUAAUAUAUUCGCAUCUGUACUUCACGAAUCACUCUCUCACUGGAAAAUGAAGGGGAAGAAGGGAGUUUGGCUUAAAUUACCAAUUGAGAAAUGUGAUCUAGUUCCUAUUGCAGUAAAGGAAGGUUUUGAAUACCAUCACGCAGAAAGAGGAUAUCUCAUGAUGACAUAUUGGCUUCCUAAUGAUCCCUGCAUGCUUCCUUCUAAUGCGUCUCAUCAAGUUGGCGUUGGAGGUUUUGUGAUCAACGAUAAAAAUGAGGUGCUUGUUGUACAAGAGAAACAUUCUGCUCCAGAUCUUUCAGGUCUAUGGAAAAUACCAACUGGUUUCAUUCUUGAGUCGGAGGAGAUCUUUACAGGAGUCGUGAGAGAAGUGAAGGAGGAGACUGGGAUUGAUUCUGAAUUUGUGGAGGUUAUGGCUUUCAGGCAUGCUCACAAUGUUGCUUUUGAAAAGUCGGAUUUAUUCUUCAUCUGUCUUUUAAGGCCUCUGUCGACAAGAAUCAUGGUUGACGAUCUGGAAAUUCAGGCAGCCAAGUGGAUGCCUCUAGUCAAGUUCGUCGAGCAACCACUAAUUCAAGCAGAUAGCAUGUUCAGAAAAGUCAUAGACAUUUGCAUUGCUCGGUUGGGAAAGCGUUACUGUGGAUUAUCUGUCCAUCAACUAGUCUCUACCUUUGAUGGUAAACUAUCCUCCUUGUACUUCAACACAGUUGAAGAUUCAGUUUCGAACUGUCAAGCCAACUAGCGCCACAAUCAGAAUUGCGGAUGCAUUUUUAGCUCUCGACUUCCCUUUCGAUGGAGGUGGACCGAGUUAAAUACAAUGUACAUCAAUUUGAUCAUCUGCCACUAUGAUUAAUGACCUGUAAGAGAAAGCUAUCUUGACUUUCUGAUGCACUCAAAAGAAUAAGAAAAAAGUUAGGGAGUUAAUAUAGUGUAUAUAUCUUCUACUGAGGACAUGGAAUCUGUAAAUGUGUAACAUCUAUAUUUCCCAUCUUAUGACUAAUUUAACUGUAAGUGUUUUUCUGCA